UCUAGAGGUCAGUAUGCACUCAUGAAAAAAAGAUGCUCAGUUUCCCACCCAUCACGUCGACACGCACACCAGUUUUUAAUUUGGCAGACCUCUGCUCUAAAUGUCUGCAAGUGCUGAGUUGGAAGGUGGGAAUACACCAACAAACGAUCAAAGAGACAUCACCGUUCAUCUACUUUCACGUUGGAAGUGAUUCUCACGCAUAUUUGAAGUGGAAUGGAGAACAAAAGAUUUGCGUCAUUUGGCUACGGCGUCGCUUUUCUUGUCCUUUUCAUCCACACCACCGAGGGAGACGUGAGCUACUCUAUCCCAGAGGAGAUGAAACGUGGAUCUGUGAUCGGGAAUAUCGCCAAGGAUUUAGGACUAAAUGUGGGCCAGUUGUCUGCUCGUAAAGCACGCAUUGAUCCCGAGGAAGACAACGUGCAGCACUGUGGAAUCAACCUCAACACGGGUGACUUGCUUGUUCAGGAAAGGAUCGACAGAGAGGGACUUUGCGGUAAAAAGACGUCGUGUGUUUUAAAACAAGAACUUGUCCUUGAAAACCCAUUCGAACUGCACCGUAUAAGCAUCCGUGUUCGAGAUAUCAAUGAUAAUUCACCGCAGUUUAAUGAAGAUCAGCUCAAAUUAGAAAUUCAAGAAUCGGCAGACAGGGGUGCUCGUUUUCUCCUCGGAGAAGCACAUGAUGGAGACAUUGGAGAAAAUUGUGUUCAAACCUAUACUUUACAGGAGAAUGAUCAUUUUACAUUAAAUUCAAAUACUAAACCAGGUGGAAGAAAGUACUGUGAAUUGAUCUUAGAUAAAGAAUUAGACAGAGAAAAUAAAAAAGCCAUCAUGCUUUUGUUGACCGCCUAUGAUGGCGGCUCUCCUCAGAGAUCCGGCACUGUCGUCAUCCACGUCACUGUGCUGGAUGCGAAUGAUAACGUACCAGUGUUUAGUCAGCCUGUCUAUAAAGCCAGUCUGCCUGAAAACUCUCCUCUUGACACUUUGGUGGUCACAGUGAGCGCAAGUGAUGCAGAUGAAGGAAUAAAUAGCGAAAUCUUAUAUGCAUUUGACCUUGCUUCUGAUGACAAUGUGAAUGUCUUUACGUUACAUCCCAAAACCGGAGAGGUGAGAGUGACGGGUGUUGUUGAUUACGAGAAGGUCUCAACUUAUGACAUGCAAAUAAGUGCUAAAGAUGGUCUUGGCUUAGUAUCGUAUUCAACAUUAAUCAUUGACCUUACUGAUGUAAAUGACAACGCUCCUGUAAUCAAUUUAAAGUCACUAUCUAACCCAAUAUCGGAGAAUGCGUCACCUGGUAUAGAGGUGGGCAUCAUUAAUGUGCAGGACAGAGACUCAGAGCAGAACGGGCAAGUCCGCUGCUCUAUUCAACAGAAUGUCCCCUUUAAAUUAGUUCCUUCUAUUAAAAACUAUUAUUCUUUAGUGACCACUGGUCAACUUGACCGUGAACUCCUGUCUGAUUACAACAUUACAAUCAGUGCCACUGACGAGGGCUCUCCUCCUCUAUCCUCCUCGAAAAGUAUUCACUUGUCUGUAGCGGACAUCAACGACAAUCCACCCGUGUUUGAGGAACAGUCCUACAGCUCAUAUGUGAGCGAAAACAACAAAGCUGGCUCCACUUUAUGCUCUGUUAGUGCACGAGACCCCGACUGGAGACAAAAUGGCACCGUGAUUUAUUCUCUGUUACCGUCUGAGGUGAACGGUGCCUCUGUGUCCUCCUUUGUGUCUGUUAACGGAGACACGGGGGUGAUCCACGCGGUCAGGUCGUUUGAUUACGAACACUUGAGGAGUUUUCAAAUCCACGUCAUGGCCCGAGACAACGGUUCUCCUCCACUGAGCAGCAACGUGAGCGUCAGCGUGUUCAUAUCGGACGUCAACGACAACUCUCCUCAGAUCUUGUACCCCGCCCUGGAGGGCAACUCCUUCAUGACCGAGCUGGUCCCCAAAGCUGCACACGGAGGCUCUGUGGUGUCCAAAGUGAUCGCGGUGGACGCCGACUCGGGACAGAACGCCUGGCUGUCCUAUCAUAUUGUCAAGUCCACAGACCCGGGACUCUUCACCAUUGGUCUCCACAGUGGCGAGAUCAGGACCCAGCGGGACAUUUCGGAGUCUGACAGCAUGAAGCAGAACCUGAUUGUGGCCGUGAAAGAUAACGGACAGCCCCCUCUCUCUGCCACCUGCUCCAUGUAUUUACUUAUUUCGGACAACUUGGCCGAGGUGCCGGAACUGAAGGACAUUUCUUAUGACGACAAGAAUUCCAAGCUGACCUCUUACCUGAUCAUUGCUCUGGUGUCCGUGUCCACCUUCUUCCUGACCUUCAUCAUCAUCGUCCUAGGUGUGAGGUUUUGUCGCAGGAGAAAGCCCAGACUGUUGUUUGAUGGAGCAGUCGCCAUCCCUGGCGCGUAUCUGCCUCCUAAUUACGCAGAUGUAGACGGCACAGGAACUUUACGCAGCACCUACAACUAUGACGCCUACUUGACAACAGGUUCCAGAACCAGUGACUUUAAGUUUGUGUCUUCCUACAAUGACAACACGCUGCCUGCUGACCAGACUCUGAGGAAAAGUCCCAGUGACUUUAUGGAUGAGCUGCAUGAUUCAUUUGACCCUUUGGAGUGGCUCAUUGGGGAUUUGUUGUCCGGAGAAAUGAAAAAGGAGGGAUUCUCGUUGUUGGAUCUAACGGCUUUGUUGGGCUUCUUUCUUUUGACGCUGCAAUCUGUGCACGGAGAUGUGGCUUACUCUAUUCCUGAGGAGAUGAAGCGCGGAUAUAUUGUUGGAAAUAUAGCCAAAGAUAUUGGAAUAGAAGUGGGCCAGCUGUCUGUUCGACGGGCUCGCAUUGAUGGAGACGGCAACAGCAAACGGUAUUUUGACAUGAAUUUGAACACUGGAGACGUUGUUGUUGCAGACAGGAUUGACCGAGAGGGGCUUUGUGCCAAAAGGCCAUCCUGCGUUUUGAAGCAGGAGCUUGUUUUGGAAGAGCCUUUAGAAUUGCAUCGGAUCAAUAUUCACGUUCAUGACAUUAAUGAUAAUUCACCUCAGUUCAAAAAGGACACCAUUCAUUUGGAGAUCCGUGAAUCUGCAGAUAAAGGGAGUCGCUACCGUUUAGACGAGGCCCACGACGCAGAUGUGGGGCAGAAUGCAAUCCAGAGUUAUGCCAUUGAAACAAAUCAACACUUUAAAUUAAACGUUGUCGCAAAAAGCGCCGGAGGGAAGUAUGGGGAGUUAGUAAUAGAAAAGGAGCUCGACAGAGAGCAAGAACAGGAGCUAACGAUUGUGCUUAUUGCAAAAGAUGGAGGCACACCUCAGAGAUCAGGGACAGUAGUCGUACACGUCAAUGUGCUGGACGCGAAUGAUAAUGCCCCAGUGUUCAGCCGAGCAAUUUAUAAAGCCAGUCUGCCUGAAAAUUCUCCUCCAGAUACAGUUGUGAUAAAUGUAAGUUCAACUGACGCUGAUGAGGGCGUCAAUAGUGCGGUAACAUAUGACUUUGAUCAUAUCUCUGAUGAAACGAAUAGUGCGUUUGCUCUUGACAAAGAAACUGGUGCAGUAAGUGUAAGUGGGUCCAUAGAUUAUGAGGAGGUGUCCUCUUAUGAAAUGCAAAUUACAGCCAAGGAUGGCCUAGGCUUGGCGUCAUCUUGUACAUUAAUCAUCGACAUAACAGAUGUGAAUGACAAUGCCCCGCUGGUGUUUGUUAAGUCCUUGAAAAAUCCCAUUCCAGAAAAUACUCCUACUGGAACAGAGGUGGGCAUCAUUAAUGUGCAGGACAGAGACUCUGAGGAGAAUGGACAGGUCCGCUGCUCCAUACAGCAAAAUGUACCCUUUAAGUUAGUUCCUUCUAUUAAAAACUAUUAUUCUCUGGUGACCACUGGACAACUUGACCGUGAACUCGUGUCUGAUUACAACAUUACAAUCAGUGCCACUGACGAGGGCUCCCCUCCUCUGUCCUCUUCAAAAAGUCUUCACUUGUCUGUAGCGGACAUCAAUGACAACCCACCCGUGUUUGAGGAACAGUCCUACAGCGCAUAUGUGAGUGAGAACAACAAAGCUGGCUCCACUUUAUGUUCUGUCAGUGCUCGAGACCCCGACUGGAGACAGAACGGCACCGUGAUUUAUUCUCUGUUACCGUCUGAGGUGAACGGUGCCUCUGUGUCCUCCUUUGUGUCUGUUAACGGAGACACGGGGGUGAUCCAUGCUGUCAGGUCGUUUGAUUACGAACACUUGAGAAGUUUUCAAGUCCACGUCAUGGCCCGAGACAACGGUUCUCCUCCGCUGAGCAGCAAUGUGAGCGUCAGCGUGUUCAUAUCGGACGUCAACGACAACUCUCCUCAGAUCUUGUAUCCCGCCCCGGAGGGCAACUCCUUCAUGACCGAGCUGGUCCCCAAAGCUGCACUCGGAGGCUCUGUGGUGUCCAAAGUGAUCGCGGUGGACGCCGACUCCGGACAGAACGCCUGGCUGUCCUAUCGUAUUGUCAAGUCCACAGACCCGGAACUCUUCACCAUUGGUCUCCACAGUGGCGAGAUCAGGACCCAGCGGGACAUUUCGGAGUCUGACAGCAUGAAACAGAACCUGAUUGUGGCCGUGAAAGAUAACGGACAGCCCCCUCUCUCUGCCACCUGCUCCAUGUAUUUACUUAUUUCGGACAACUUGGCCGAGGUGCCGGAACUGAAGGACAUUUCUUAUGACGACAAGAAUUCCAAGCUGACCUCUUACCUGAUCAUUGCUCUGGUGUCCGUGUCCACCUUUUUCCUGACCUUCAUCAUCAUCGUCCUGGGUGUGAGGUUUUGUCGCAGGAGAAAGCCCAGAAUGUUGUUUGAUGGAGCAGUUGCCAUCCCCGGGGCGUAUCUGCCUCCUAAUUAUGCAGAUGUUGACGGCACAGGAACUUUACGCAGCACCUACAACUAUGACGCCUACUUGACAACUGGUUCCAGAACCAGUGACUUUAAAUUUGUUUCGUCCUACAAUGACAACACGCUGCCUGCUGACCAGACUCUGAGGAAAAGUCCCAGUGACUUUGUUGAUGAGCUUCACGAUUCGUUUGACCCCUUGGAGGUUUUGAGUGAUCCAAGAGUAGUCAGUCUUUUGCUGGUUUCAGUUAGUUUGCUUUUUCUGGCUUCUGAUUUUUUUGCAUUAUUUCGUGUUUGUGUCAGAGAAUGGCGCAUUUACGACACAUCGUCCGAUGCCGCAGCUUUGCUUUUUUCUUUGUCCUGUUCGGAUAUGCACACGGAGACCUCAUAUUCGAUUCAAGAGGAAUUAAAACGCGGAUCUAUCAUUGGAAAUAUUGCCAAGGAUCUUGGAUUGGAGGUGGGCAAAUUUUCUGCUCGCAAAGCUCGUGUUGAUAUGGAAAAGAACAACAAACAGUAUUGCGGAAUAAACCUCCGGACGGGAGAUUUAAUGGUUGCUGAAAGAAUUGACCGCGAGGAGCAUUGCGGGGAGAAGCCUUCGUGUGUUCUGAAAUUCGACCUGCUGCUGGAAAAUCCUUUGGAAUUGCACCGGCUGUCUUUGCAAGUUCAGGAUGUGAAUGAUAAUGCUCCCGUUUUCCCCAAGGAUAUGAUAAAGCUGGAAAUACGAGAGUCCGCUGUAAAAGGAGCCAAAUAUCGCAUUAAUGCAGCGCACGAUUCGGAUAUAGGAACAAAUUCUGUUCAAAGCUACAUUUUGCAAGAAAAUGCCAAUUUUGUGUUUCGCAUUCAGACGACAAAUGGUGGUAGUAAAGACGGUGAGCUAAUUUUAGAUAAGGAAUUGGACAGAGAAGAGCAGCAGGAAAUGAAAUUAUUGCUGACGGCACUUGAUGGUGGUUCUCCUCAGAGAUCUGGGACUGUAGUCAUUCAUGUCAUCGUCCUUGAUGCGAAUGACAACGCCCCAGUUUUUACCCAGACUGUUUAUACAACCUCCGUGAAGGAAGACGCAGCCUUAAAAACCCCAGUUCUCACCGUGAGUGCAGCAGAUGCUGAUGAAGGAAUAAAUGGAGAAGUUACAUACGAGUUUAGCAGGUUGUCUGAGAAAGCAAAAAAGAUGUUCUCCCUUAAUCAGAAAACUGGAGAAAUUGUUGUAGGAGGUGAGAUAGAUUAUGAAGAUGGAUCAAAACAUGAAGUUUUUGUUGAAGCCAAAGACGGUUAUGGACUAUCUUCUAAGGCCAAGAUCAUUAUUCAUAUUACUGAUGUAAAUGACAAUGCCCCUGUGAUCAACAUAAAGUCACUGUCCAACCCAAUAUCUGAGAAUGUGUCACCUGGAACAGAGGUGGGCAUCAUUAAUGUGCAGGACAGAGACUCAGAGCAGAACGGGCAAGUCCGCUGCUCCAUUCAACAAAAUGUCCCCUUUAAAUUAGUCGCUUCCAUUAAAAACUAUUACUCUUUAGUGACCACUGGUCAACUUGACCGUGAACUUGUGUCUGAUUACAACAUUACAAUCAGUGCCAUUGAUGAGGGCUCUCCCCCUCUGUCCUCUUCAAUAAGUGUUCACUUGACUGUAGCAGACAUCAAUGACAAUCCACCAGUAUUUGAAGAACAGUCAUACAGCGCAUAUGUAAGUGAAAACAACAAAGCUGGCUCCACUUUAUGCUCUGUUAGUGCUCGAGACCCCGACUGGAGACAGAACGGCACCGUGAUUUAUUCUCUUUUACCUGCUGAGGUAAACGGUGCCCCGGUGUCCUCCUAUGUGUCUGUGAACGGAGACACGGGGGUGAUCCACGCGGUCAGGUCGUUUGAUUACGAACACUUGAGGAGUUUUCAAGUCCACGUCAUGGCCCGAGACAAUGGUUCUCCUCCGCUGAGCAGCAACGUGAGCGUCAGCGUGUUCAUAUCGGACGUGAACGACAACUCUCCUCAGAUCUUGUACCCCGCCCCGGAGGGCAACUCCUUCAUGACCGAGCUGGUCCCCAAAGCUGCGCACGGAGGCUCUGUGGUGUCCAAAGUGAUCGCGGUGGACGCCGACUCGGGACAGAACGCCUGGCUGUCCUAUCAUAUUGUCAAGUCCACAGACCCGGGACUCUUCACCAUUGGUCUCCACAGUGGCGAGAUCAGGACCCAGCGGGACAUUUCGGAGUCUGACAGCAUGAAACAGAACCUGAUUGUGGCCGUGAAAGAUAACGGACAGCCCCCUCUCUCUGCCACCUGCUCCAUGUAUUUACUGAUUUCGGACAACUUGGCCGAGGUGCCGGAACUGAAGGACAUUUCUUAUGACGACAAGAAUUCCAAGCUGACCUCUUACCUGAUCAUUGCGCUGGUGUCUGUGUCCACCUUCUUCCUGACCUUCAUCAUCAUCGUCCUGGGUGUGAGGUUUUGUCGCAGGAGAAAGCCAAGACUGUUGUUUGAUGGAGCAGUCGCCAUCCCUGGCGCGUAUCUGCCUCCUAAUUACGCAGAUGUUGACGGCACAGGAACUUUACGCAGCACCUACAACUAUGACGCCUACUUGACAACAGGCUCCAGAACCAGUGACUUUAAAUUUGUUUCGUCCUACAAUGACAACACGCUGCCUGCUGACCAGACUCUGAGGAAAAGUCCCAGUGACUUUGUUGAUGAGCUUCACGAUUCUUUCGACCCCCUUGAGACAGCAGAAGACAAAGGGAAAAAUACAAGUCUGAUCGAACGAGCUUCUGAUUCUUUUGCAGUUUUUUUGUGUUUGUGUCAGAGAAUGGCGCAUUUACGGCACAUCGUCCGAUGCCGCAGCUUUGCUUUUUUCUUUGUCCUGGUCGGAUAUGCACACGGAGACCUCAGCUAUUCGAUUCAAGAGGAGUUAAAACGCGGAGCUCUGAUUGGAAAUAUUGCCAAAGAUCUCGGUUUGGAGGUGGGCAAAUUGUCUGCCCGCAAAGCUCGUGUUGAUAUGGAAAAGAACAAUAAACAGUAUUGCGGAAUAAACCUCCGGACGGGAGAUUUAAUGGUUGCUGAAAGAAUUGACCGCGAGGAGCAUUGCGGAGAGAAGCCUUCGUGUGUUCUGAAAUUCGACCUGCUGCUGGAAAAUCCUUUGGAAUUGCACCGGCUGUCUUUGCAAGUUCAGGAUGUGAAUGAUAAUGCUCCCGUUUUCCCCAAGGAUAUGAUAAAGCUGGAAAUACGAGAGUCCGCUGAUAAAGGAGCCAAAUAUCGCAUUAAUGCAGCGCACGAUUCGGAUAUAGGAACAAAUUCUGUUCAAAGCUACAUUUUGCAAGAAAAUGCCAAUUUUGUGUUUCGCAUUCAAACAACAAAUGUUGGCAGUAAAUACGGCGAGCUGAUUUUAGAUAAGGAAUUGGACAGAGAAGAGCAGCAGGAAAUGAAAUUAUUGCUGACGGCACUUGAUGGUGGUUCUCCUCAGAGAUCUGGGACUGUAGUCAUUCAUGUCAUCGUCCUUGAUGCGAAUGACAACGCCCCAGUUUUUACCCAGACUGUUUAUACAACCUCAGUGAAGGAAGACGCAGCCUUAAAAACCCCAGUUCUCACCGUGAGUGCAGCAGAUGCUGAUGAAGGAAUAAAUGGAGAAGUUACAUACGAGUUUAGCAGGUUGUCUGAGAAAGCAAGAAAUAUGUUCUCCCUCAAUCAGAAAACUGGAGAAAUUGUUGUGGGAGGUAAGAUAGAUUAUGAAGAAGUGUCAAACCAUGACGUGUUGGUUGAAGCCAAAGACGGUUAUGGACUUUCUUCUGAGGCAAAAGUAAUAAUUAAUAUAAUUGAUGUAAAUGACAAUGCCCCUGUGAUCAACGUAAAGUCACUGUCCAACCUAAUAUCGGAGAAUGUGUCACCUGGUACAGAGGUGGGCAUCAUUAAUGUGCAGGACAGAGACUCUGAGGAGAAUGGACAGGUCCGCUGUUCCAUUCAACAAAAUGUCCCGUUUAAAUUAGUCGCUUCCAUUAAAAACUAUUAUUCUUUAGUGACCACUGGUCAACUUGACCGUGAACUCAUGUCUGAUUACAACAUUACAAUCAGUGCCACUGACGAGGGUUCUCCUCCUCUAUCCUCCUCGAAAAGUAUUCACUUGACCGUAGCGGACAUCAACGACAACCCACCCGUGUUUGAGGAACAGUCGUACAGCGCAUAUGUGAGUGAAAACAACAAAGCUGGCUCCACUUUAUGCUCUGUUAGUGCACGAGACCCUGACUGGAGACAAAAUGGCACCGUGAUUUAUUCUCUCUUACCGUCUGAGGUGAACGGUGCCUCUGUGUCCUCCUUUGUGUCUGUGAACGGAGACACGGGGGUGAUCCACGCGGUCAGGUCGUUUGAUUACGAACACUUGAGGAGUUUCCAAGUCCACGUCAUGGCCCGAGACAACGGUUCUCCUCCGCUGAGCAGCAACGUGAGCGUCAGCGUGUUCAUAUCGGACGUCAACGACAACUCUCCUCAGAUUCUGUACCCCGCCACGGAGGGCAACUCCUUCAUGACCGAGCUGGUCCCCAAAGCUGCACACGGAGGCUCUGUGGUGUCCAAAGUGAUCGCGGUGGACGCCGACUCGGGACAGAACGCCUGGCUGUCCUAUCAUAUUGUCAAGUCCACAGACCCGGGACUCUUCACCAUUGGUCUCCACAGUGGCGAGAUCAGGACCCAGCGGGACAUUUCGGAGUCUGACAGCAUGAAACAGAACCUGAUUGUGGCCGUGAAAGAUAACGGACAGCCCCCUCUCUCUGCCACCUGCUCCAUGUAUUUACUGAUUUCGGACAACUUGGCCGAGGUGCCGGAACUGAAGGACAUUUCUUAUGACGACAAGAAUUCCAAGCUGACCUCUUACCUGAUCAUUGCGCUGGUGUCUGUGUCCACCUUCUUCCUGACCUUCAUCAUCAUCGUCCUGGGUGUGAGGUUUUGUCGCAGGAGAAAGCCCAGACUGUUGUUUGAUGGAGCAGUCGCCAUCCCUGGCGCGUAUCUGCCUCCUAAUUACGCAGAUGUUGACGGCACAGGAACUUUACGCAGCACCUACAACUAUGACGCCUACUUGACAACAGGCUCCAGAACCAGUGACUUUAAGUUUGUUUCAUCCUACAAUGACAACACGCUGCCUGCUGAGCAAACUCUGAGGAAAAGUCCGAGUGACUUCGUGGAUGAGCUUCAUGAUUCAUUCGACCCACUUGAGUGGUGUUGGAAGCCGAGGGACGACCGAAAAGAUCAUAAGUGUAUUGGUUGUUUAUUUUUUGGAAGAGUAGUUUGUAGUUUUAUGACGAUGACUAUGAUUAUUUGUGGUGCAACGGAGAACAAAAGAUUUGCGCCGUUUGGCUACGGCCUCGUUUUUCUUUUCUUUUUCCUCCACACAAUCCAUGGAGAGGUGAGCUACUCUAUCGAAGAGGAGAUGAAACGUGGAUCUGUAAUCGGGAAUGUCGCCAAGGAUUUGGCACUUAAUGUGGGACAGUUAUCUGCUCGUAAAGCACGCAUUGAUCCCGAGGAUGACAACGUGCAGCUCUGCGGAAUCAACCUCAACACGGGUGAAUUGCUUGUUCAGGAAAGGAUCGACAGAGAGGGACUUUGCGGUAAAAAGGCAUCGUGUGUUUUAAAACAGGAACUUGUCCUUGAAAACCCAUUAGAACUGCACCGUGUUAAUAUCCGCGUUCAAGAUAUCAAUGAUAAUUCACCGCAGUUCAAUGAAGACCAGCUCAAAUUAGAAAUUCGAGAAUCAGCAGUUAAGGGUGCUCGUUUUCUUCUUAGAGAAGCACACGAUGGAGACAUCGGAGAAAACGCUGUUCAAAGCUAUGCUUUGCAGCAGAAUGAUCAUUUUAAAUUAAAUGUAAACACUAAAAUGGGAGGACGAAAGAACUGUGAAUUGAUCUUAGAAAAAGAAUUAGACAGAGAAAAUAAAAAAGACAUCAUGCUUUUGCUGACCGCCUAUGAUGGCGGCUCUCCUCGGCGAUCGGGCACAGUUGCCAUCCACGUCACUGUGCUGGAUGCGAAUGAUAACGCUCCAGUGUUUAGUCAGCCUGUCUAUAAAGCCAGUCUGCCUGAAAACUCUCCUCCUGACACUUUGGUGGUCACAGUGAGAGCAAGUGAUGCUGAUGAAGGAAUAAAUAGCGAAAUCUCAUAUGCGUUUGACCAUGCUUCUGAUGACAAUAUGAAUGUAUUUUCAUUACAUCCCAAAACGGGGGAAGUGAGAGUGACUGGUGUUGUUGAUUACGAGAAAGUAAAAUCACAUGAAAUGCAAAUAAGUGCUGCAGAUGGCCUAGGAUUAAUUUCGUAUUCCUCUUUAAUUAUUUAUGUGAUUGACACAAACGACAAUUACCCCGUCAUACAACUAAAAUCACUGUCAAACUCAAUGGCAGAAAAUGUGUCACCUGGUACAGAGGUGGGCCUCGUUAAUGUGCAGGACAGAGACUCCGAGCAGAACGGGCAAGUCCGUUGCUCAGUUCAACAAAAUUUACCCUUCAAAUUAGUUCCUUCUAUUAAAAACUAUUAUUCUCUGGUGACGACAGAACAUCUUGACCGUGAACUUGUUUCUGAUUACAACAUUACAAUCAGUGCCACUGACGAGGGCUCUCCUCCUUUGUCCUCCUCGAAAAGUGUUCUUUUGUCUGUAGCGGACAUCAAUGACAACCCGCCCGUGUUUGAGGAACAGUCCUACAGCGCAUAUGUGAGUGAAAACUACAAAGCUGGCUCCACUUUAUGCUCUGUCAGUGCUCGAGACCCCGACUGGAGACAGAACGGCACCGUGAUUUAUUCUCUUUUACCUGCUGAAGUGAACGGUGCCCCGGUGUCCUCCUUUGUGUCUGUGAACGGAGACACGGGGGUGAUCCAUGCUGUCAGGUCGUUUGAUUACGAACACUUGAGGAGUUUUCAAAUCCACGUCAUGGCCCGAGACAACGGUUCUCCUCCGCUGAGCAGCAACGUGAGCGUCAGCGUGUUCAUAUCGGACGUGAACGACAACUCUCCUCAGAUCUUGUACCCCGCCCCGGAGGGCAACUCCUUCAUGACCGAGCUGGUCCCCAAAGCUGCACACGGAGGCUCUGUGGUGUCCAAAGUGAUCGCGGUGGACGCCGACUCCGGACAGAACGCCUGGCUGUCCUAUCAUAUUGUCAAGUCCACAGACCCGGGACUCUUCACCAUUGGUCUCCACAGUGGAGAGAUCAGGACCCAGCGGGACAUUUCGGAGUCUGACAGCAUGAAGCAGAACCUGAUUGUGGCCGUGAAAGAUAACGGACAGCCCCCUCUCUCUGCCACCUGCUCCAUGUAUUUACUUAUUUCGGACAACUUGGCCGAGGUGCCGGAGCUGAAGGACAUUUCUUAUGACGACAAGAAUUCCAAGCUGACCUCUUACCUGAUCAUUGCGCUGGUGUCCGUGUCCACCUUCUUCCUGACGUUCAUCAUCAUCGUCCUGGGUGUGAGGUUUUGUCGCAGGAGAAAGCCCAGACUGUUGUUUGAUGGAGCAGUUGCCAUCCCCGGCGCGUAUCUGCCUCCUAAUUACGCAGAUGUAGACGGCACAGGAACUUUACGCAGCACCUACAACUAUGACGCCUACUUGACAACAGGUUCCAGAACCAGUGACUUUAAGUUUGUUUCGUCCUACAAUGACAACACACUGCCUGCUGACCAGACUCUGAGGAAAAGCCCAACAGACUUUGUGGAUGAGCUGCAUGAUUCAUUUGACCCUUUGGAGAUGUCAGUAUGCUCUCAUUCAAAAACGGUCUUGAAUUUCACACCCAUUUGCGUCGACACACAAGUCAGAUUUUAUUGUUGUGUAGCUCUGGUUGAGACGCCGGAAAACAAGACUUCUGUGGAAAAAUCUGUGGAUAUUCGGGAGAUCAUAUUCAUACUGUUGUUCAUCUUUUGGUUCAAUUUUCUUUGGAGUACAAUGGAGAACAAAAGAUUUGCGCCGUUUGCUUACGGCCUCGCUUUUCUUGUUUUUUUCAUCCGCACCAUCGAAGGAGACGUGAGCUACUCUAUCCCAGAGGAGAUGAAACGUGGAUCUGUAAUCGGGAAUGUCGCCAAGGAUUUGGCACUUAACGUGGGACAGUUAUCUGCUCGUAAAGCACGCAUUGAUCCCGAGGAUGACAACGUGCAGCUCUGCGGAAUCAACUUCAACACGGGUGAAUUGCUUGUUCAGGAAAGGAUCGACAGAGAGGGACUUUGCGGUAAAAAGGCAUCGUGUGUUUUAAAACAGGAACUUGUCCUUGAAAACCCAUUCGAACUGCACCGUAUAAGCAUCCGUGUUCUCGAUAUCAAUGACAAUUCACCGCAGUUUUAUGACGAUACACUCAAAUUUGAAAUACAAGAAUCAGCAGUGAAGGGUGCUCAUUUUCUUCUUGGAGAAGCGCAUGAUGGAGACAUCGGAGAAAACGCUGUUCAAAGCUAUGCUUUGCAGCAGAAUGAUCAUUUUAAAUUAAGUGUAAACACUAAAAUGGGAGGACGAAAGAACUGUGAAUUGAUCUUAGAAAAAGAAUUAGACAGAGAAAAUAAAAAAGACAUCAUGCUUUUGCUGACCGCCUAUGAUGGCGGCUCUCCUCAGAGAUCCGGCACUGUCGUCAUCCACGUCACUGUGCUGGAUGCGAAUGAUAACGCUCCAGUGUUUAGUCAGCCUGUCUAUAAAGCCAGUCUGCCUGAAAACUCUCCUCUUGACACUUUGGUGGUCACAGUGACCGCAAGUGAUGCAGAUGAAGGAAUAAAUAGCGAAAUCUCAUAUGCAUUUGACCAUAUUUCUGAUGACAAUAUGGAUGUAUUUUCAUUACAUCCCAAAACUGGGGAAGUGAGAGUGACUGGUGUUAUUGAUUAUGAGAAAAUGUCAUCUUAUGAAAUGCAAAUAAGUGCGAGAGAUGGCCUUGGCUUGGUGUCUUAUUCAACAUUAAUCAUUGACCUUACUGAUGUAAAUGACAACGCUCCUGUAAUCAAUUUAAAGUCACUAUCUAACCCAAUAUCGGAGAAUGCGUCACCUGGUAUAGAGGUUGGCAUCAUUAAUGUGCAGGACAGAGACUCAGAGCAGAACGGGCAAGUCCGCUGCUCCAUUCAACAGAAUGUACCCUUUAAAUUAGUUCCUUCUAUUAAAAAUUAUUAUUCUCUAGUGACCACUGGACAACUUGACCGUGAACUAGUUUCUGAUUACAACAUUACAAUCAGUGCCACUGACGAGGGCUCUCCUCCUCUAUCCUCCUCGAAAAGUAUUCACUUGUCUGUAGCGGACAUCAACGACAACCCACCAGUAUUUGAAGAACAGUCAUACAGCGCAUAUGUAAGUGAAAACAACAAAGCUGGCUCCACUUUAUGCUCUGUGAGUGCUCAAGACCCCGAUUGGAGACAGAACGGCACCGUGAUUUAUUCUCUGUUACCUGCUGAGGUGAACGGUGCCUCUGUGUCCUCCUUUGUGUCUGUUAACGGAGACACGGGGGUGAUCCAUGCUGUCAGGUCGUUUGAUUACGAACACUUGAGGAGUUUUCAAGUCCACGUCAUUGCCCGAGACAAUGGUUCUCCUCCGCUGAGCAGCAACGUGAGCGUCAGCGUGUUCAUAUCGGACAUCAACGACAACUCUCCUCAGAUUUUGUACCCCGCCCCGGAGGGCAACUCCUUCAUGACCGAGCUGGUCCCCAAAGCUGCACACGGAGGCUCUGUGGUGUCCAAAGUGAUCGCGGUGGACGCCGACUCGGGACAGAACGCCUGGCUGUCCUAUCGUAUUGUCAAGUCCACAGACCCGGGACUCUUCACCAUUGGUCUCCACAGUGGCGAGAUCAGGACGCAGCGGGACAUUUCGGAGUCUGACAGCAUGAAGCAGAACCUGAUUGUGGCCGUGAAAGAUAACGGACAGCCCCCUCUCUCUGCCACCUGCUCCAUGUAUUUACUUAUUUCGGACAACUUGGCCGAGGUGCCGGAACUGAAGGACAUUUCUUAUGACGACAAGAAUUCCAAGCUGACCUCUUACCUGAUCAUCGCUCUGGUGUCCGUGUCCACCUUUUUCUUGACCUUCAUCAUCAUCGUCCUGGGUGUGAGGUUUUGUCGCAGGAGAAAGCCCAGACUGCUGUUUGAUGGAGCUGUCGCCAUCCCCGGCGCGUAUCUGCCUCCUAAUUACGCAGAUGUAGACGGCACAGGAACUUUACGCAGCACCUACAAUUAUGACGCCUACUUGACAACAGGCUCCAGAACCAGUGACUUUAAGUUUGUUUCAUCCUACAAUGACAACACGCUGCCUGCUGAGCAAACUCUGAGGAAAAGUCCGAGUGACUUCGAUGAGAUGUUUUGCGAUGCUCAUGGGUCACCUGAGACAUUUGACCAUUAA